ACUCUCCGCCGCCGCAUUUUCCCCCAACCAAAAACUAAACCCCAACCGAACCGAACCCUCCCCUCUCCGAGAAGAGAAAUGCCUCUCCUGCCCAGGCGGCCGGCGGCGCUCUACGUCCCGGUGCGGGGGCUCCUCGAGGCCCGCGUGCCGUGGGGACGGGACCGCGCGCUCGACCACGUCGUGGAGCGGGAGCGCCACCUGGUGCCGUUCCUCCUCACCAAGGACGCGCUCCUCACCGCCGCGCCGCCGCCGCACGCCGUGCCGCUCCACGCGCUGCCUUCCUCCAUCCCGUUCCCCUUCCGCCCGCUGCGCUUCCUCCGCCUCUACGGCUCUGCCUUCGAGCUCUCGCCGCACCCGGUUGCCGUCUCGCCGACCCACAGGCUCGCCGCGCUGCACCUCGACGAGGCGCAGGCCAUUGACUCCACCCGCGCCGACGCCGCCGACCGCCUGCUACGCCUCCUCAUGCUCGCGCCCUCCCGCGCGCUCCCGCUCCACCUCGUCGCGCGCAUCCGCCUCGACCUCGGCCUCCCCUCCGAUUUCCCACGCUCGCUCCUCCCGCACUACCCGGACUACUUCGCGCUCUCCAGCGACGGCCGCCUCCUCGAGCUCGUCUGCUACCGGAAGGACCUCGCCGUGUCGGACGUGCAGUCCUACGCCCAGAGAACCGGCGGGUACAAGGUCGGCGACCCUAUUGCGUUCCAGCUCUCGUUUCCCCGUGGGUUUGAGCUCGACAAGAACGUUCGCAAGUGGCUAGACGAGUGGCAGAGGCUGCCGUACAUCUCGCCCUAUGAAGACGGUUCACACCUGGCUCCGAGGAGUGACAUCACGGAGAAGAGGACCGUGGCGGUGCUGCAUGAGGUGCUCAGCCUGACGGUUGGGAAGAAGAUGGAGAAGGAGGUUUUGGUCAAGCUUGGGGAGGCUCUACGCCUACCACCGGGUUUCAGGAAGGUGAUUGCGAGGCAUCCAGGAAUUUUCUACUUGUCGCAUAAGCUGAGGACACAAACGGUGGUGCUCCGGGAAGCCUACCGGAGGCAUAUGUUGAUGAUCAAGCACCCAAUAAUGGGGGUAAGGUAUCAGUACCUGCAUUUGAUGCAUAUGGGGAAGGAGGAAGCGGGGAAGGCUAAGGGAAAGGAGAGGAAGACAAUGCGUGGCGAACAAACUAUAGGGGAUGAGUAUGGUGCAGAUGGGGAAAAUGAUGAAGAUGAGGAUGGGUACGAUGAUGAAGAGGAUGAGGAAGAUGAGGGGGAGAACGUAGAAGCCGGUGUUGCUUCAGAGGAUGAGGAGAGCGAUGAUGAGGGUGCCGAGAACAUUGGUCAUCCUGCAGAUGGAGAAACUGGAGAACCGCAGCCAGAGACAUCAGGAAGGAUACAGGUCGCAAACUGAACCUAGAACCCAUAUCAUAGCUGUUCUUCUGUUGUUAGUGGCAUGUGCUUUUGAGUUGCAUCAAUAGGCAUGAAAACACAGCAACAGAAUGUACAAUCAACUUCUAUAACAGGUAUAGAACCUACUAGAAGAUGUAGCUUAUUUUUGUUUAACUGAAUGUCAAGUAGCUGGUGAUUGUGAAGCGAAAUCAUUCUUGUUGUACCACAAUGGCUUCACAUGAAUUAUUUAUAUAUAUCUUAGGAUUUUGGUUAUAUUACUCGUUAAUUGGCUUAUAGCUUCUUUUCUUCAA